UUGUAUGAAUUGCAUUUUGCCUUUUUCAAUGAAGCUGCUUGUGAGGGAGUGGGUCGCUGUUGUUGCGGUGCCUGACUGCCUCACCUUCCCCCAUCCGCGAGACCAGUGCACAACUGUGUACAUCAUUUUAGCGUAAUGGCAAAUGAAUCUUUUGGAAAUGAGGGAGGUACCGGUUCGAGAAACUCAAGAAAUACAAAUUUCACAUCAUCUGUGGAUCUCAGCACGUCCUUAGAUUCAAGUGUUCAGACUCGAAUAUUUAAAAUAAUUGUAAUCGGGGAUUCAAAUGUAGGGAAGACCUGCUUAACCUUCCGCUUCACCGGGGGAAGCUUUCCCGAGAAGACGGAGGCGACAAUCGGUGUGGAUUUCAGGGAGAAAGCAGUGGAAAUAGAGGGCGAAAAAAUUAAGGUUCAGGUGUGGGACACUGCAGGACAGGAGCGCUUCAGAAAGAGCAUGGUAGAACACUACUACCGCAAUGUGCACGCUGUCGUUUUCGUUUACGACGUCACCAAGAUGGCCUCAUUCCAGAACCUGAAGACGUGGAUCCAGGAGUGCAACGGGCACCGUGUCUCACCCACUGUGCCUCGGGUACUGGUGGGUAACAAGUGUGACCUGGUUAGUCAUAUCCAAGUACCCUCCAACACUGCCCUCAAGUUUGCAGAUGCCCACAACAUGCUGCUGUUUGAGACCUCAGCGAAAGAUCCCAAGGAGAGCCAAAAUGUGGACUCCAUUUUCAUGUGCCUGGCAUGUCGGCUGAAAGCCCAGAAGUCCCUGCUGUACAGGGAUGUUGAGAGGGAGGAUGGAAGGGUUAGGCUUUCACAAGAGACAGAUGUUAAUAAGAGUAACUGCCCUUGUUGAGGCUCCUCCACUCUGCAAUGAUUCCUUAUCUCCUUUUAAUACUGCUGUGACUUGAAUUGAACAAUUUAACAUAAACAACAAAAGGCGAAGAUACUGUUCUAAUGUUAACAUUUCUUGAAAGAAUGUGCCUGCAGUUAUUUCAGUUUUUCUUCUUAAAAAUUAUAAUAGUGUUUUGCUGUCUGUCUGUCUGUCUGUCUUUCUGUCUGACCCUCUCUUGUUUUACUCUCUUUCUUUGAUAUGUUACCAUUAUCACAUUCUGUAAUAAUAGCCUUAAGUCAAGAGAGGUCAUCCUGUGGUGUUUGUAAAGUAUGUUAAUUUAUUUUGUAUUUGAGUUGUACAUGUCUGUACAUGACUGCUGUCGGUAUUAUCAUGUCUGUACAUGACUGCUGUCGGUAUUAUCAUGUCUGUACAUGACUGCUGUCGGUAUUAUCAUGUCUGUACAUGACUGCUGUCGGUAUUAUCAUGUCUGUACAUGACUGCUGUCGGUAUUAUCAUGUCUGUACAUGUCUGCUGUCAGUAUUAUUGUUUCAUGCAAUAUACUUGUGUGUAACAUGAUUGUCACAAUCUCACAAAGGGACUUUCAUAAAGACUAUUUGGGCUUUACACUGACGUACUGUAUAUGUGCUGUAAUCGUUUUACAUUUGUUGAGUAUAUUUUUUUGUUUUUUAACUAUAUUUUAAGACAUAUCCACUAAUAAUCCUUCAGAUCGAAUUGUCAUAACCAUAAUGCAGAGGAUGGGGAGGCAACGAUGCUAGUUAGCCCAAUACCCUUCCCCCACCCCACCAGGGGUUUCUCUGGCUUCAGGUCUGCUAUUUCUGCUUUCUGUUUUCUCUCCAUUGAUCAUCAUCAUAUUUCUGAUCAUCAUCAAAACAUCCAAUUUGUGACCGUUUCCUGUCUUUGCCUCAAAAUUAAAUAUUCAACAAAUA